CUCCCCUUUCUUUUCCUCUUUUUUAGGCCGAUCGUUACCAGCGUUUAAAGGACGAAGUGGUUCGGGCCCAGGUUCAGCUCCAGCUCUUUAAGCUUUACCACAACGAAGCCGAAAUCGAAAAGCUCAACAAGGAGUUGAGCUUGAAAAACCGGGAAAUCGAUAAAGACAAGAAAAGGAUGGAUCGGGUGGAGGACGAGCUCAAGGAUCGCAAGAAGGAGCUGGGGAAGAUGAUGAGGGAGCAGCAACAGAUCGAGAAGGAAAUAAAGGAGAAGGACUCGGAGCUGAACCAAAAGCGACCCCAGUACAUCAAGGCCAAGGAAAACACCUCCCACAAAAUUAAAAAAUUAGAAGCGGCCAAAAAAUCCUUGCAGAACGCCCAGAAACAGUAUAAAAAACGCAAAGGGGACAUGGACGAGCUGGAAAAAGAAAUGAUUUCGGUGGAAAAAGCCCGGCAGGAAUUCGAGGAGAGGAUGGAAGAGGAAAGUCAAAGCCAAGGGAGGGAUUUGACCUUGGAGGAGAACCAGGUGAAGCCGACGGACGAGAAGCUCCGGGAGCUGAAAGGGGCCAAACUGGUGAUCGACGUCAUCCGCUACGAGCCCCCCCACAUCAAAAAAGCCCUUCAAUACGCCUGCGGCAACGCCUUGGUCUGCGACAACGUGGAGGACGCCCGGCGCAUCGCUUUCGGGGGCCACCAACGCCACAAAGGGUGUGGGGGGGGGUCUUUAGCCCCCCCUGACCCCUCUUUUUGCCUCCCUGUCCUUCCCCCCCAGGAAAAGUCGAAACUGGAGAGCGAAUUGGCCAAUUUUGGGCCACGAAUUAACGAUAUCAAAAGAAUCAUCCAGGGCCGGGAGCGGGAGAUGAAGGACCUGAAGGAGAAGAUGAACCAGGUGGAAGAUGAGGUUUUUGAGGAGUUUUGCCGAGAAAUCGGGGUCAGGAACAUCCGGGAGUUUGAGGAGGAGAAGGUCAAGAGGCAGAACGAGAUCGCCAAGAAGAGGUUGGAGUUUGAGAACCAGAAGACUCGCCUGGGCAUCCAGCUGGACUUUGAGCGCAACCAGCUGCGUGAGGACCAGGAGAAGGUGCUGAUGUGGGAGCAGGGGGUGCGCAAGGACGAGGCCGAGAUCGAGAAGCUCAAGAAGGAGGAGCAGCGUCACAUGAAGAUCAUCGACGAGACGAUGGCGCAGCUGCAGGACCUGAAGAACCAGCACUUGGCCAAGAAGUCGGAGGUGAACGACAAGAACCACGAGAUGGACGAGAUCCGCAAGAAGCUGGGCGGGGCCAACAAGGAGAUGACCCACCUGCAGAAGGAGGUGACGGCCAUCGAGACGAAGCUGGAGCAGAAGCGCAGCGACCGCCACAACCUGCUGCAGGCCUGCAAGAUGCAGGACAUCAAACUGCCCCUCUCCAAGGGCACCAUGGACGACAUCAGCCAGGAGGAGGGUGGCGCGGCCGGGGAGGAGCCGGUGAGCAGCUCCCAGAGAACAUCCAGCCUCUACGCCCGGGAGGCCCUCAUCGAGAUCGACUACAGCGAUCUGCCCGAGGAGCUCAAGGACGCGCAGGCGGAGGAGGAGAUCCGUCAGGAGAUGAACCAGCUGCAGCAGCGUCUGACGGAGCAGCAGAGCGUCCUCCAGCGCAUCGCCGCCCCCAACAUGAAGGCCAUGGAGAAGCUGGAGAGCGUCCGGGACAAGUUCCAGGAGACCUCGGACGAGUUCGAGGCGGCGCGGAAACGGGCCAAGAAGGCCAAGCAGGCCUUUGAGCAGAUGAAGAAGGAGAGGUUCGACCGCUUCAACGCCUGCUUCGAGUCGGUGGCCACCAACAUCGACGAGAUCUACAAGGCCCUCUCCCGCAACAGCAGCGCCCAGGUAACCUCGCACCGGGGCUUUUGCACGCUCACAGGGGGCUUUGCACGCUCAUCCCAGCUUCACAGGGGGCUUUGCACGCUCAUCCCAGCUUCACAGGGGGCUUUGAUGGCCACCUCUGGGCUUUGAUGGCCACCUCUGGGC